AUGUUGGGGACGAUGAUCAAGAAAGGCCCAAACAGGGGUGGUCAACACUCACGCCUCGAGCGACCUGGGAUACUACGUGGUCGCGGAAGUAACGUAUUCGUCGGAUUAAACCAGGUGCUGCAAAAUGAGGACGAGUUUAAGGCCAUUACUGCGACUUACAACCGGCCAUUUCGAUCUCCGUUGCUGAAGGCACAUGCCCGUUUAUUGACGGUGCAGUUGCCGCCCAAGGCUGUUUUUGAGGAGCUUAUUUCUGUGUUUUUUUCUCCGUAUACGACCCUUGAGAUCCGUUCUCCCAAUCCGGCUGCCGAGUCCCUGGCGAUUCUGGAGCGGAGGGACACUAGGGUCUGUGAGAUAAUCAAUCGAACGAUUCGUUCUAUUGGUACUAGCAAAUUCACGCUUGUCUAUAUCACAAUGGGCACGGCCGGUCUAACCUUGGUCUAUGUCGCUGCCGCCCACUACUCUGGAUCCAUUCCCGAAGGACUGCCGACCAAACGUCACGCCGAUGUUUCCCAGGACUAUUUCCGGCUAUGGGAGACUAUGUUGUCUAGCAGUGAUGAUAUCUCGUACGACAGUCUCGCUCCUCUCUCGAUUCCCUCAGAUAGUGCUACCUUGACUAGACGACGCCAGGGCGAGCUUUCUCUUGUCCACGGAUUCCAGAUUAUUGGUUUCGCCCUUGACAACUCUCCGAAGCACGAUAUCAUCGCCAGCCACUAUGAAAACGGCGACACUGUUCUUCAACUGCCACUUCCAGGACGGGGUUCUGGCGCGAAUAGUACUGAGGGGUUCAAUUUAAAUAAGCGAUUCGACAAACCUGGGUUUAAAAUUUCGUUUGCUACCAGGGAGAGAUUGAAACUCACCCAAGCUCAUCAAAAGUCUAUGGCACUGGCGGGGGCUGCGACGUGGGCUGUCUAUGCGGACAACGUCAGCCACAAGAUGAAUAAGUUUAUUGGUUUUGCUGAGACAGAACAUGCAGCCAACUUUUACUACCGGAUUAUUUCAGAGAUCAGAGGAUUCGGAACUAAUUACGAGACUGUUGAUGUUUGCGGUGGAAUGGCAUCAUACUUGUAA